AUGAAGGCAUCGUCAUCGGGACCGACGAAAGGUGGGCAGCAUGGAAGCCGAAGCACAACUCCCGCAACACCAUGGCCUUGCUCGUGGCUUCGUCCACGCUGGGACGAAAUUGCAAGAUUCCGAGAUACACCUUACGGGGAGAGGGUUGUCGUGUUCACGCCCGAUUUAGAGACUCAAAGACUUGACAAGUCCUUUUGGCCAAAACUACCCAACGGCAGAAUCGACAGCACGGCAUCCAUGCAGCGACUUGCCGCACUGGUGAGCAUGUCUUCUGGAGCGGCUAUCUCGCAUCAGCCUUACACAACGUUGUCGCGCUUCACAGACAUCCAUGAAGAAAUCAUCGAGGGUGCUGCCGGAGUUGUCGUACUGGUCGUGCAGUGCGGUGGAGAAGACGAUCUGAAAGAAAUCAAGAUAGAUAUGAAUUGUCAGACUGACUUUUGCUGGAGCACAAAGGAGGUCCUUGACGACCGGGAGGUCUUCCCAGCUGCCAAGCCGCCAUUGAUCCUCAUUUUUGUGGGAGACCUUGCAGAUCCGGUCUGGCCGGACAUUUCGGGGAUUGAUAACAUCAUCCAUUGCCCUACGCUUGAUCAUGGCAAUACUGCGAAGAUUGUGGCGGAGAUAUACGGGAACCCCCUUCUUGCCGACAGAACAUUGGGCGAAUGA